AUGGGUCAGGAAAACGUCGAGACGCUGGAGGAAGAAAACAAAUAUGAUCACAGAGAACUAAACAAGAAGCAGGAGCUUUUCUAUUUUGAUCCAAUGAGCCCUGGAAGUUGCUUCUUUCUUCCACAUGGUGCUCGAAUUUGCAACAAAUUACUUGAAUUCUUGAAGAAUGAGUACUGGAAAAGAGGCUACGAGGAGAUUUGGAGCCCAGAUAUAUACAAGAUGCAGUUAUGGGAAACUUCAGGCCAUGCUGCAAAGUACAAGGAAAACUUGUUCCUGCUCGAGAUUGAUGAUAAAGCAGUAGAUCAAUUCGGGUUGAAGCCAAUGAACUGCCCUGGACAUUGUAAAGUAUUCGGUCACAGAGUUCGUUCCUACAGAGAACUACCCCUUCGUCUGGCUGAUUUCGGAGCUCUUCACAGGAACGAAGCUAGUGGUGCCCUUACAGGUUUAACACGUCUCAGGCAAUUUCACCAGGACGAUGCUCACAUCUUCUGCAGGGAGUCACAGAUCAAGGACGAAGUAAAAGGCGUCCUGGAUUUCAUCAGUUAUGUGUAUACCAUAUUUGGUUUCAGUAAUGUUGACUUCAAGUUAUCUACCAGACCUGAAAAGUAUAUCGGAAACUUACAAAGUUGGAAGAAGGCUGAAGAUGCUCUUGCUGAAGCAUUGAACGAAUUCGGAAAGCCCUGGGAGAUCAACAAGGGAGACGGAGCUUUUUAUGGUCCGAAAAUCGAUAUCAGUGUAUCUGAUGCAAUGAAAAGAAACUUACAAUGUGCAACAUUGCAGCUUGAUUUCCAGCUUCCUGAAAGAUUCAACCUUUUAUACGUAGCAGAAAACGAUCAAAUUCGAGAAAGACCAGUUAUGAUACACAGAGCUAUACUUGGAUCAGUUGAACGAAUGUUCGCUAUACUCUUUGAGCAUUACAAAGGUAAAUGGCCUUUCUGGCUUAGUCCUCGUCAAGCUAUUGUCUGUCCUAUUUCCAACAAAUCUCAAGCGUACGCGUUUGAGAUCUGGAAACGAUUACAUGAUGCUCGUUAUCAUGUUGAUAUCGAUGUUAGUGACAAGACAGUUGGGAAAAAGGUACGUGAAGCUCAACUCGUACAAUAUAACUAUAUACUAGUUGUUGGAGAAGAGGAAGCUAAGAACGGUCAGGUUAGCGUUCGAGUCAGAGACAAACGCGAUCAUCAAGUCAUGACUGUUGAUGAACUCCUUGAUCAGUUCAAAGAUAUGGUUGCAUCGUUUCAGUAG